CGACCCCCCCUCCUCCUGCUACAUCAGCCCUCUCCAAGAAAACAAAAUGGCGGAGCUCCUAAGCGUGCAAGUGCCCAGCCGGCGCGGGUUGGGCGGCUAUGCGGAAUUCCACAAGGAGGGCGCCACCACGCCUAUGAUGGGCUCGCCGGCCGCCCAUGCGCCUUAUCUCAACUCGGCUCUCACCCACGCCCGCAUCAGCAACGACCUACGUAAGAAGGUGGUCAACGGGGCCAGCGCCGGGGUCAUCAUGUCCCACCUUCCCAAACGACCCCCUGUGGACAUCGAGUUCUCUGACCUGUCUUACUCCGUCCCGGAAGGCAGGAAUAGAGGCUACAAGACCAUCCUGAAGGGCGUGAGCGGGAAAUUCAAAUCCGGUCGCUUAACUGCCAUCAUGGGACCGUCAGGAGCUGGGAAGUCGACGCUGAUGAAUAUCACUGCAGGAUACAGGAUUAGCAACGUGGUAGGAACCAUCACAGUGAACGGGCGAGAGCGGAACCUCCGCAAAUUCCGCAAGAUGUCGUGCUACAUCAUGCAGGACGACCACCUCCACCCCCACCUGUCAGUUAUUGAGUCCAUGACCAUCUCUGCGAAUCUCAAACUUGGCGACCGUAUGAAGAGACAACAGAAGGAGGAAGUUGUGAAUGAAAUCCUAGAGACACUGAACCUUACAGAAUGCCGUGACACCCGUGCCAUAAGCUUGUCAGGAGGUCAAAGGAAGAGACUGUCAAUUGCCCUUGAGUUGGUCAAUAAUCCACCUGUCAUGUUCUUUGAUGAGCCCACAAGUGGUCUGGACAGCAGUAGCAGCUUCCAGUGCAUCAACCUGCUCAAGACGUUAGCCCAAGGUGGCCGCACCAUCAUCUGCACCAUCCACCAGCCUUCGGCCAAGCUCUUUGAGAAGUUUGACUACCUGUAUGCCCUGGCAGAAGGACAGUGCAUCUACCGAGGAGCUAUCCAUGGGCUCAUACCUUUCCUGGCAGCUAUGGGCUUGGAGUGUCCGUCAUACCAUAAUCCUGCAGAUUUCUUGAUGGAAGUUGCAUGCGGAGAGUAUGGAGAAUUUACUCACAAGUUGACAACAGCAGUCAGAUGUGGGAAGUGUGAUAACCUCGGCCCAGACAACCACCUUGGAGUCCGAGCCAAACAGCAUGUCAUAGCCCGUGAGCCAGAUGACCACAGAGAGGCAGGAGGCGGCGGAGACCCAUUGAACAGAGGUGGUGGUGGAGGUGAUAAUAGGACAGGUGAGACGAGAGUCAAUCUCUCCUCCACACGACACUCACUUCUUGCCUCUGAGGAUGAGAGCAUCGAUGACAUCCCCAAUUCAUUCCCUACUUCUGGAUGGAAGCAAUUCGUCAUUCUUUUCAAGCGCACAUUCCUUUCUAUCAUUAGGGAUGGGAUGUUGACCAAGAUGCGUAUCUGCUCACAUACACUCAUUGGUCUGCUGAUUGGACUCCUCUACUAUAACAUCGGAAAUGAGGCAGGCAAAGUGUUCAACAACUCUGGAUGUCUGUUCUUCUGUAUGUUAUUCCUGAUGUUCACCGCAAUGAUGCCAACCAUUCUCACUUUCCCUCUCGAGAUGAACGUCUUCAUACGAGAACAUUUGAAUUACUGGUAUUCCCUGAAGUCAUACUACUUAGCCAAGACAAUGGCUGACAUGCCCUUCCAGGUGAUCUAUCCAUUACUGUACGUGUUACUGGUGUACUUUUUGACUGACCAACCCCUAGAGGCGCAUAGGUUCUUCAUGUUCACCACAAUGUGUAUCAUGACAUCACUAGUGGCACAGUCUCUCGGCCUGGCCAUUGGUGCUUGUAUGAAUAUACAGGGUGCUGUGUUCCUGGGUCCUAUAUCAUCCAUUCCUGUGUUGCUCUUCUCGGGAUUCUUUGCUAAUUUCUCAACCAUUCCAAUAUAUCUAAGGUGGAUAACCUAUAUAUCUUAUGUAAGGUACGGGUUUGAAGGGACACUCCUCAGCAUAUACGGGUUUGACAGAAAGCCGCUACAUUGCUCGGAGGCUUAUUGCCACUACAAGUCUCCCAAAAAGUUUCUAGAAGAGAUGGACAUAGUGGGCGCAGAGUUCUGGAUAGACUUCCUAGUGCUCUUCUCGUUUUUCAUCAUCCUUCGAACAAUUGGCUACUUUGUGCUCAGGUGGAAACUUAAGGCUGAACGCUAGUGGAAAUUCCAUGUUUAUAUAUAUACAUAAAUAUAUAUUUAUCACCCUAACUUUAAUUUUUAUAUACAGUAAAAGUGUUUUUUUCUGUGAAGUAUAUUAAAAUACGAUUUUUUCAUCAUCACUGUACUACAAGCUAGUUUGCUCUUCACAAGAGUUCUAUAAGAGUAUAGUGGCAUGCAGUGUCCACUUUGGUGCCUGAUGUAGUUGCAACCUCAAAGACUGGAUGAAUGUGGCUAAAGUGGACAAGUGAAGUCUUUCAAGUGUAUCAUUUAAGAGUAAGGAGAAAGACUGGAAAGAAGGUGCAAGUGAAACCACUUAUGGAAUGGAAAAUAUUAUAUGAAAGGAAGAAUUGUCAGUGAGGGGCAACUAAAGGAACACAUAGAAGUGAUAUAGUGAAGGUCUUCCAAGUGAAGGUGUAAUGAGGCACAGGUAUAUGUAACUGAGACUGAGGACUUCACAUGCACCACACUUGCUCUAAUGAUACCCACACAACACAUUAAUGGUCUAAAGUCACAUACCAGCAUCAGGAGGUGUCAACUAGAAAAGGAGGAAAAAACGCAGCCUAGUUGUUAUGAUACAGCGCGUCACCCUACAUUUAACGCAGGCUUGAUAUGAAAAAUAAUUCAAAAUACUCCUCUUUCAUAUGUUUAAUAAGCAUUGAACCUCAGGGUAAAGGAAACAAGUGAAUGCUUACUAUAAGUGUCCAGAAAUAUUUAUGAAGGAGUCACAUAUGGGUGCAAGUUUAGCUCAGUAAGCCACGCAAUUUACCCCACUUGUACGUGUGGUCUCUGUAAGGUAAUAUGAAAUGCAUGUUAAGCUGUAUUUUAAUCUUAUCAGCAUGGUUCAGCACCAAAUUCAAAUAAUUGAUUUUCCUUUUUUUUUUUUUUUUUUUUUUCUUUUCAACAAAUAUAAACUUUGUUCUCAAGUUAUCAAAUGUCUUGGAAGUAAUGCAAGAAAUUCUUUCUUGUGAUUAGCACAACAAAGAUAGGAUAUAAACAUAUUUAACAAAUUCUAAAUAAACAAGAAAAAAAAAAAGAAAAAAAAAAGAUGCACCAAUUUCAUGUUUACAUUAUUUUCACAGAAAUGAGUAAGAAGUACACUAGGUGCAUUUGCUCAACCACUAAGACUUUUUAAAAUAUCAUUAACAUCAGAGAAAAUUAUUAGUCAUGGAGUUGUAGAGUUAUUUAAAUGCACUAAAACAUUCAGACUUCUCAGUCUUAUUUUUGUCAGCAUUUUAUCUCUUUUUCCCAUCAAACCAGUGAUUUUGAGAAAGUUUACAAGUACUUUUAGGCUAAACAAUUUUUUUUUGUGAUAGUAAUGGUGAUAAUACAUCAUAGCUUGUAUUUAACGAGAAUAUUAGGUUAACGUGUAGUUGUGCCUGAGAGUAAAAAGGGCACAAUGUACAGCAGUGCCAUAAUGCAAGUCCUUUUUAGUAAUACAGAAUAAGAAUUUAAAAAAGACAAAAACACAAAAAAAGCAUUGAUUUUUUAUAUAUAUAAAUAUAUAGAAUUGUACACAGUGAUCUGCAAAAUAGAAUCAAAUAACCAAAGGAAGCAUUUCAGGAAAAGGCAAGGGGAAUCUAAAUAAAAUAAAAAAAAAUAAAAAAAAGAAAGAAAAAAAAAACAUGAAAGAGCACUAUAAAGUGAACUUCAGGUACAUGAUGGUAUUAAGUGCCCAAACCAAGCCCUUGAGAGGAGAGCAUCUCUCGACCUGAGGCUUGUCUUCCGUUUUUGUUGAUCCACUGCUUCAAAUUUAGGCAGUUUGUGAGCUUAACUAGUAACAUUGGGCAUUUUUUUUUCUUCUUCUGCAGAUGUGUCUCUGUAGUACUUUUGAUUACUGCAUUCCCCUUCUUGUUGAUAAUGAGUAAAAUACAUACUCGUAGACUUUAUAGUUGUAUCAAAAUUAGGUAGUAUCAGUCAUAGGCACUUUCUUCUUAUUGACAUAAUAUGAUUACAUUUUUUUUCUCCAUCUGCAAUCUUUUUAGGAGCCUCUAAACUCUGAAUAUUUUUAUAUCAGAGGGUUAAUGGUAUUGCUGUAGCUGUGAUUUGCCAACAUUUUGGGUAUUUGCCAAGCAUAUUGUUUAUAACACCUAACAUGGGUGAAAUAUUACAAGUUGUGAUUAUUGUACAACACUUAAAAAAAAGCAUUUAUAAAAAUAAUGAACAUUUAAGUAAACUGCCUUUCUUGAAUUGGA